AUGAUUGGCAGAUUUGUAGGUGCUUCAGUAGGUAAAUGGAAUUAGCAAUUAUUUAAGCUCUUUUUGGGAUUGCUGCGUAUGGAAGUUAUAAAAUAAAUGAAGCUAAGCAAUAUAAAGAAUUAUACUUUGACACCCUUCCUGAUAAAAGAUAAUAUUUACUCCAGCAACAUUAAAAUGCUGCCUAUGUUUAUGAUCAAACAUUUGAUUCUUACGAACAAACAAGCAAAAUCGUAACACUAUUUUUAAACUUAGACUUCAUAUCGAAAAACUAUAGUGGGACUUUGCUCAGGGAAGAUCUUAGAAACAGGUGUUGGGACUUCUAGGAAUCUGAAGUAUUAUCCAUAAGGUAGUGAUGUGACAGCUGUUGAUUGGAGCAGUAAUGUCUUAGAGGUGGCAUUAUUAAAAUCAGCAUCAAACAUUAAUAUUUCAUAUAGAUUGGAAGAUGUCGAGAAUAUGAGUUUCAAAGAUAAUACUUUUGAUACCGUUUUGGACACUUUUGGGUUAGAAUAUUAUCUAAAUCCUGAAAAAGCUAUAUCAGAGAUGAAGAGAGUUUGUAAACCAGGUAAAAUGAAUUUGUAUAUAUAGGGCGGCAAGAUAUUAUUACUCACAUCUGGUAGAAGCACCUAUGACAUCCUCAAUCUGUAUUUGGAAUACAAAUAAGCUAAAUACUUAUAAAAUUUAGGACAAUUUUGUAACAGAGAUUGGGAAUCCAUAAUUUAAGACCCUGAUCUUUUGGUUCUGACCAAGGAGAGGAAAAUCAAUGGGAC